UCCCGCCGACUAUUCAAGAAUACAAGAACCGAACUGAGCAUUCGAGACUCUCCAGACUCUUCUUCGCCUUUUCACCCUCUCUUCCGAUGGAGGACGACGAAGAGCGCCAAUUAAUCCUUCGAGCUCCGGGACCAAUGGAAUCGGCGACACUAGGAAGGUUUAUGACCGAUAUUUUCAACACAAAGCCCAGGAAACUACAGGACGCCAUCUCUCGGCUGCAUUCACUCCCCGAUACUCCUCUAACUGUGUCUUUGGAACGGUCAUUGUGGUUUCUGCACAAGUACAUAGGCGAAGCUGUGGAAAACGGGAAGCAUUUGGACCAAGUUCUUGUUCCCAUUGUUCAACAUUCAUCAACAACGAGAGGCUCACAGCAGUCACUAGUACUUCUGAACUGGCUGUUUCAAGAUGAUGUUUUGUUCCAUGGCAUAGUUGAGCAUUUGCUUGUCAUUAUUUCGAGAAGGGAUGAUCGCUAUGUAGCUCUUGGUUGGUGUAUACUUGGACGUAAUCUUAUAGAAUAUCAGGAUUCUGCGAACAAUGUUUCUGUUACAGCAAUCAGGGAGAAAAAUGAUGUGCUAUUGAAGAUGUUUUGCCCCUGUGUGACCCAUCUCAUAUCUUUAGUAUGCAACGGAAGCCAAGUGCGGGAGGGGUUUGAGUUGCCAAAUCGCCUGGCAAUAGCAGCUGCUGAUUUUCUUUUAUCUCUUACAGUUGCAUUAACUGGAAAUGAUCUGGCUCACAAGCAAAAAUCAUCUUCCAGCAAUGCUAAAAAUCAGUCUAUAUACUUGUUACCAGAAGCCACUAAACCUAGAGAUGAAAAGACAUUGGGGAAGGCGUCUGAAUCCUUGAGCUUGGAAUUGAAGUUCCUUCUUUUGAAUAAUUUGGGUGAACUUAUAAUGCUUGUGGAGAAACUUACAGCUUGGAGCAGGAAAAGCCGCUCUUUGCAUGCUAAAGGACUGGAGAGAGUAUGUAAGUGGCUGAAGGAAGUCAAGCAAAUUUAUGGUUGCUCCCCUGACGAGACAGAGUUGCAAAUGAGGAAAAUUGGUUCUCUGCUUCUCUCUUCCUGUUGGAAGCAUUAUGGCACGCUGUUGCAUUUAGAAGACAACAAAUUCAAUCAACAGUUUAAAGAACUCAUUGGGCAGUUUUUGUCGGGUAUUCAGUUUUAUGCAGACAACAAAUUUGGAGAACCUAACACGAGUGAAGGCGACAAACUAGAGACAAUCAAUUUUUUCCUGAAUUGCCUUUUGCUUUUACUGGGUAAACUAGAUAACAAGAUGUUUGGAGAUGCGAUAGAAGAAUUUGGAUCUAAAAUUUCUCAGAUUCUUCUGUCUCAGUUGCAAUGCACCAAUGAAGAAGUGAUUGAUGGAGCUAUUAGCAUAUUUAAAGCUGUCAUCUUCAGAACAAACCAUACUUUAUCUAAAAGAAAUGUUGGUGAUGUUGGAGAAAUGGAUGAUUUGAUGUCAAUGCUACUAAAUUUUUUGGGAGACCGAGAUGCGGCAGCAAAAGCUAUUGUUAAGCUAGUUGCAGAGUAUUGCUCGAUAUGCUCUGAUAGCAAGUACCUAUACAAAGUUCUAAAUGGCAUUAGCUCUAAGAAUAUCUCACAGAGGAGGAAUGCUUUUGAUAUUGUUUCAGAGCUCAUCCAUUAUGGUGAAUCUGUCGAGACAAUUCCGCAUGCAACUUGGAAAGACAUUGCGAACUACUUAUUGGAAUGUCUUGAAGAUGAAGAUCUGGUUAUUCAAAAGCAGGCACCGCAUUUGAUUUCCUUCAUUGAACCGCCAUUGGUUUUGCCUGCACUUGUUGAACUAAUUUAUUCAGCAAAUGAAGGAGUGCAAAUAUCAGCAGGCAGUGCACUAACAGCCUUGUUAGUGGCUCAUAAACAUGAGCCUGAAAUUUUGUGCAUGCUGCUUGACUGUAUUAGCAAACACUCUCAAAACUUUGAUUCAGGCACCACCAUGGAUGGUAAAAAAGAAUCAAGAUUUGAUGCUGAUAGACUCCUGAAGUUGCUUCCAGAGUGGGCGAAAACUGUUGAAGAUUGGCAUGUAAUGGUUGGCCCAUUGAUAGACAAGAUGUUAGCUGAACCAUCAAAUGCUGUUAUGGUGAGGUUUCUCAGCUAUAUAAGUGAGUACUUGGCUGACACUGUGGACGUAGUCUUUCAUCGGCUUUUAUUAUAUACGAGACAACAGGAAGAGACAUAUUCAAACAGUGAGACUAUGAAGCAUGAGCAUCGUCUCUUUACCCAUCUUUGCCCACUUCUUGUAAUCAGAUUACUUCCUUUAAGAGUUUUUGAUGACUUAGAUUCUUCACUUGUGUAUGGCGAAUUUUCGAAGAACUCUGCUGCACGUGACAGAUAUCUUAGCAUUGAGGACACUGAGUGCAUUGCUUCUUUGAUGAUGAACAGGGCAUUAAGCAAGUCUGAAUUUGAAGACACUCGAAAGCUUUCUGCAGAGCUAUGUGGAAGAAUUCACCCCGAGGUUCUUGUUCCAGUUCUGUCCUCCCAAUUGGAAUCAGCUGCUAUUGCCAAUGACUUGAUGAAGAUUAAAGUUUGUCUCUUUUCCUUUUGUACUUCUCUUGUGGUUCGAGGCACUGAGGCCUAUAGCCAUCCAGAUGUGCUCAGAAUACGCAAAUCGAUACUGAAUAUCUUGUCAUGGACAUCUCCCGACCAAGAUGUUUCCAAAGCCCAGCACGGGUGCAUAGACUGCCUCGCUUUGAUGUUGUGCACCGAACUACAAUCUCCGGAAUCUUCCAGAGGCAGUCGCAUCUCCAAAAUCCCAGUACUUGCAUUCGUAACUAGUCAGUUGUUGGGCAACGAUUGGUCUUCCAAACCUAACGGCCUCUCCUUCUGUCUUUGCAUGGCGAAUGUCCUCAUAAGCGCCUGCCAAAAGAUAUCAGACAGUGCAAAGAAACCAUUUGUUAAAAAAAUCAUUCCAAGUAUCACACAAUCCCUUAAGGUAAUAACAGAGCCCGAGAUCCGAGCAGCUUGCAUUCAAGUGCUCUUCACUGCUGCGUACCAUUUGAAGCCUUUUGUGGCUCCGUACUCUAAGGACCUUCUCCAAGCCACUCUGAAAUCGCUCCGAGAAGGAUCCGAUAAGGUGUUGCAGGAGAAAAUGGCGGGAGCGAAGCUACUGGCGUGCCUGAUGACAAGUGAAGAAGAGGUGGUUGAAGACAUAUCUGGUGGUCUUUUGGAAGCAAAAGAGCUGCUCCAGAGGAUGUCCUCAAUGGAUCCUUCCACAGACAUCACACAAAUCUGCCGCCAACUUCUCGUAUGCUUCUCUUCUCCUUAACCUUCAAAUUAAAUAUUAAUUAGGUUCUCAGAAAGAAGAUUUGUCCUGGAAUUGUUUGCCAGUUUGUUUAUUUGUCCAUUCUCUUUCUUUAAAAAAUAUUUAUUUAUUAAAAUUAUAAUAUUUAGAAUAUUUUACUUCAUUUAUUUGGGUAGUAUUUACUUAAGCUUAUUUUGGACGAACGAUAGCAUUUGGAUAGAGAUGAUGUUUGGUGUAUAUCUUUAUACUCCUUUUGUCUCAUACCUAUAUAUAUUCAUUUGCUUUUUGCACGAAAUUUUUUAGAAAUA